AUGUCUCCUUCAACGACUCAUAAUUUCCUCUUCACUCUAUUCCUCAUCUUCUUCAUCACUGCGGCCUCAGCCUUUUGGCCCGAAUCAAAUUUCCCCCCCAAUUUUCACUCCUUGUACACCCACCACUGCAACGACGUCGUUCCCAACUCCCACGCUCCCAACUCGGAACUUGCCAUCGACAAUGGAUACUUCACCGGCGGCGACAGUCUAUUCGGCCAAACCCCAAACACAACCGCCUUGAAUUUCCAGAGAAAAGUCUACUUCCAAGCCAAAUACGACGGCCCAAUCCUCAGAGGCUACUUAAUUCUCGCAAACGAAUCCGCUCCGGGGACAACAGGACUGUUUUCUCUCAACGGGCACUAUUCAGAUUCCGUUAGCAAGCUUUGUAUGGUUGGAGGCGGGUCUGUAGGUGUUGUUCUGAAGCUUAAAUAUCCCAAAAACUCGAGCAUAUUCGAUAGUUUAGUGACGGGGACUCUAGAGUUCGUGUCUGGUGAGAAUGAUACUGAUGUGAGCUCUUUGGGACUUAUCUCAAUAUUGGGGUUAUCUCAGAAGUCUGGUUAUCAGCCCACAUUCAUCGACUCCUUGGUGGGUUCUGAUAGAGGGGAGAGUUUGGGUAUGGAUAGCUUAUCUCUGGAACAACUGGGUGGUUCGAUACAGAGUGUAUGCAAACUUAUUGGUGGUUUUAGAGUUGAAAAUUAUGAAUUGGAGUAUGAGAGUGGUUACGGAAAUCUUGUUGGGGGAGAUGUUGGAUAUGUAUCAACAAUGUUGGUUUCUGAGACUUGGUGUGAAGAUGGGAAGAUGCAGAUGUUGCUGAGGUUCCUCAACUCGAGCGUUAGUGAAGGGUAUAGCUUCCCCUUGGAACCUAGAACAACUUUGAUCGCUGAAGGGGAAUGGGUUGACAAGGAGAAUCGUAUGUUAGUUGUUGCGUGCCGGAUUUUGAACUUUACAGAGUCAUUAACUAAUGCUGUUGUGGGAGAUUGUUCGACUAGACUCGACUUUACUUUUCCUGCAAGGUUGUCUCUAAGGAAUAGGGCUAGAAUUGUUGGGCAUAUCUGGAGCAAUAGAACGGUGGGUGAUAUUGGAUUUCACACACUAUCCGAACAGUCAACGGGCGUGGUAGUUUUCAUGUAUGAAUUCACUGAGUAUGACACAGUGAAGAAAUUGUGUGAUGUGAAAACUAGGGGAGGAAAGGGAAAGAAAUACCCUGAUGAGCAUUCAGCAGAAAUGAACCUUCAUAUGGUAGUGAGAAAUGGUACGGGGCAGACUGGAGGCGCUCAUUUAUUCCCAUUGUUUGUGGAUGGUGACCAAAGUAGUGUGGUGAAUAUGAGCUAUGAGUUAAUCUUCAGAUUCACUGAUGGAUUCAAUUUCUUUGACAAGGGUUCCUCGGAUUCUACAAGAGUAUCAGCUGAAGGUUCUACAAGAGUAUCAGCUGAAGGAAUAUACAAUAGAGAUAACGGUUAUCUUUGCAUGAUAGCAUGUAGGCAUGCAUUUUCAAAAGAUCAAGAACUGAUGGAAAACGAUAUACUAGCUAGACUGUGCUAUCAAUAUUAG